CACAAGGCUGAUUUUCAGUAUCCCAGACGCUCCUGACCCUUUGCCUGCGAGAGACGCUCUGAGCUCGAGGAACCAUGACGACCACAUUGCUGAGAACGCUGACCGCCCUCACCUGCGUGCUGGCUGCAUGCGCCGACAUCAUGCCUGUACCAGACUUCAGCCUGGAGAAGGUUGCAGGAAAGUGGUACAUGAGUGGCUUUGCAACCAAUGCUCAGUGGUUUGUGAAUCGUAAAGCCACAAUGAAGAUGGGUACUGCCAUGAUGGUUCCCACUGAUAUAGGAGACCUGGAUCUCUCUUAUGCCACACUGAAUGCUGAUGAGAGUUGCUGGAGGAUGACUCACCUGGCGAAGAAAACAGACACUCCUGGACGCUUCACCUUCCACAGCCAGGCCUGGAACAACGACAAUGACAUGCGCUUUGUUGACGUUGUGUACGACAACUAUGCUGUGAUCCACACCAUCAAGACGAAAGAGGGAGUUUCAGAGGUUCUUAACAAGCUCUACAGCCGCAGUCCUGAGAUCAGUGCUGACCUGCAGCAGAAGUUCAUUCAGUUCUCACUGGACACUGGCAUCCUUGCUGAAAACAUUGUUAUUUUCCCACCGAACGGUGAGUGCCCUGAGGCCUCAGUCGCCCCCGUCACAAUUUAAAAGGUCCAUCUUCAUCUCCUCAUCUCCGAAGUUCAGGGUUUUCAUCUCAAAGGCACCCCCACCCAACUGUGUCACCUGCUGCGUCACUAAGCUGCACCUCAGACUAUAAAUGUAGAGCUUUUGAUUCUAUCACUGCAUGCCAAAGAGGAGCUGAUCCUAGCUCAGUUGGUAUUCAUUUUCUGUUGUAAAUUUAGAGUGGAACAAUAAAGUAUUCACAGUGGCUUACACGUCAGAAUCUAGACCAAUGAAGAUUGUUUUGUAUUUUCUUUCCUUUUUUCUAUUUUUUUAAAAAAAAUAAACAUUAGUUCAAAGCCAAUAAAAUCAUUAAAACAACUUUUUUUUCAGAUUGUAGAGUAUUUUUUUGUGUCUAAAUACACAUUAAAAUCUGAAAACAAAUUCA